UUCAGGUCUCGCCAAGUUUUCCAGCGGAGAAAGACGCUCUUAAACGCUUGAAUAACGCGUCAACAGUCAUAACAUUUCGUUAUCAUUUGAACUGAGUGCCGGUGAAGAUUAGAAAAAAAAAGUUAUAAAAGCAAUGGAUAAUCACAGGGACGAUCAUCAGAAAUCACCCUACUUGAUUCCUGUCCUUCUUAGUGCUUUCGCUAUUCCACUGUCCAUGUUAUUUUGGACAAUCAACGUGGCAUAUUCGUUAUUUUCGAACUACGAUCAGAAUAGCGAUGGACAAUUUGAGAUUGAUAAAAUGUUAGGCUAUAGCGUUAUAUCUCCAUGGAGGUGGCUAGCUGCAUUCUUAAUACCUAUUUUAUGUGCAUUGUGGGGAUUAAAACAAAAGAGUAUUGAUAAAACUGGAGCGUUUUUAGGUUUUCUUAUGGGCUUUAUUCUAACAUUAACAAGUCUCACUCAUGUUGCUUGUUUGAUGGCCUUUUUCUUUACAUCGUCUAAAGCAACAAAAUUUCGAUUAGAUAGAAAAAAGAAGAUAGAAGAAUUAAGAGACGGAGGUAAAAGAAAUUGGAUUCAAGUGCUGUGUAAUGGAGGAAUGGCUUCACAGCUAGCCAUUUUGUAUUUGUUAGAUGUGGGAUGUGGUGAAAGACCUAUUGAUUUUGAUAAAGACUACAGAAGUUCAUGGCUGUCCAUGGGUAUUAUGGGUGCUAUGGCUUGUUGUAAUGGUGAUACCUGGGCUUCUGAAAUUGGGACAGUAGUGGGAAAUUCUGAUCCAUUUCUUAUUACAACAAGGAAGCGAGUACCUCGAGGAACAAAUGGUGGAGUUUCUUGGGUAGGACUUCUAGUUUCAGCACUUGGUGGCCUAGUAGUAGGCUUAUUCCAUUAUGUGACUGUAUUAUACACUGUUGAUAGUGCUGUUCUUGAGCUAUCAACUCCUCAGUGGCCUAUUAUAGUCCUUGGAGGCAUUGGUGGUUUACUUGGAAGUAUUGUUGAUUCCAUUUUGGGAGCCACUUUACAAUACUCGGGUAUGAAUGACAAAGGUAUUAUCGUAGAGAGACCAGGAAAAGGAGUAAAACAUAUAAGUGGCAGACAAAUUCUUGAUAAUCACAGUGUGAAUCUUUUAUCUAGUAUAAUUAUUGCACUAAGUUUACCCAGAAUUGCAAAUCUUGUAUGGCCUUAAAGAAAGUAAAACCCAGGAAGGUUUUAUAACUUUUUAUAUAAAACGUGAUACUCUGAUUAUUCGUAUUUUUGCUUCGAUGUGUGGGAGUUUAUAAAUGUCAGUUAAAAACUGUCAAAAGCGAUAGUUAAAGCGUGUGCGUGUGUGUGCGCGCGCGCGCGUGUGUGUGUGUAUAUCUGUGUUAGUAGCUUUACAUCAUGUGAGUAUGUGAAUAAUUGUAACCGGCAGUUAACUUAACUUAUUGAAUAAUGUUCUAUAAAUGUUUU